AUAAAUACGGCAUGACGGCCCGAGAUGAGAUAGUCUAGGAUCGAGCCGAAGCAAUCAUGAAGGUCUCUCUAGUUUUUCUAAUUUUCGGCUUCUGCGGCAUCGCCCUCGCCGGCCACAGCAACUACAACUCCAGGCACGACGCUAGCCAGCACGACAGAUACCGACACUCUGCUAGAAAUAGGGCGGUUUUGCUAAUCGAUGAGGAAAACGAAAAGGACCCCACCGUGUACGCUUCUUAUAAGCCAUACGCACACGAAAUGGACCCCACGGUUUACGGUUCUUAUACGCCUUACUCGCCUUAUAUAGUCGGUGUGGAUCGUACGCCUGCUUACGAGCCGUACCCUCACCAUAGCCGCCAACGCUACGGCUUGGCGUAGAAAUUUCGAAAAAAUAAUAUUUCGUUAAAUUCCAUAGAGUCUUCUUUCCAUCGACAGCGUGAGCUACAAUUGUAUAAAAAUUGUGUGUUAUGUUA